AAUCCAUUUACGUACCCACCAUCUUUCAUCACUUUCUCUCUCCUCAUUUCGGAUCUGCUAGGGUUUUCUCUGCCGCUUCACUUUCUCUCCUUCAUCACCUCUUCAAUGGCUGCCACUUCCAAGAAGGUCACCCUGAAAUCCUCGGACAACGAGCAAUUCGAUGUCGAAGAGAUUGUCGCCUUGGAAUCUCAGACAAUCAAGCAUAUGAUCGAAGAUGAUUGCGCCGACAACGCGAUUCCUCUUCCUAAUGUUACUGGUAAGAUCCUUUCGAAGGUGAUUGAGUACUGUAAGAAGCAUGUUGAUGCUGCUGCUUCUAAAGCUUCUGCUGAAGAUCGAUCUUCUACUAAUUCUACCGCUGAUGAUGAACUUAAGAGCUGGGAUGCUGAGUUUGUUAAAGUUGACCAGAAUACCCUUUUUGAUCUCAUUUUGGCUGCUAACUACCUAAACAUCAAGAGUCUGCUGGACUUGACCUGCCAAACUGUGGCCGACAUGAUCAAAGGCAAGACUCCUGAGGAGAUCAGGAAGACCUUCAACAUCAAGAACGACUUCACCCCAGAGGAGGAAGAAGAGGUUAGGAGGGAGAACCAGUGGGCCUUUGAAUGAACUUCAUGGAUGGGAGCUGCAUUGCACCUUAAAUGUCUAUAGAAUAGGAGUCUGUUGAUAUCAAGAGUCGCCCUUUUGUUUUUGGUCAAAAACUAUCUAGAAACUAAUUUUAAACCUGGUCUGUCCAUUCGGCUCAUUAGGCGGUACUUGUUUGUGCUAUUUACAAUGGAAGUGAAGCAUAACUUAUGUAAGUUUUUGCUAUGUUAUCUUAAACAUUCGUAGUGUAAGCACAAUUCUGAUGGUAUGAAAUUAUUCUGCUGAUAAUGGACAUCAUUAUUUUGUGUC